AUGCUCGACGUUUGUCUGUCGUGGUCUCGCUCGAAGCAUCAUCGCUACGAGGCUGUGUCCCAGGAACACUGCGGCGAGUCGAGCGGCCUCACGGAAACACUCACCGAGCUCAUUGAUCGGCGGCCGCGGGCUAUGGCUGCGACAACUGUGUUGGCUUGCACGGGCUGCGGCUCCUGCGUGGCCAAGGUGAUGAUGGAUCUGACCUGGGUGGAGGCAUUCUACUUUUCUGUCACCACCAUCUCGACGGUCGGCUACGGCGACAUCAAUCCGGUGACGCACGGGCCGCGGCAUCGGAAGCAGCUGCACUAUGCCUUCAUGGCCUUUCACGUCAUCUACAUCGUCAUCGGCGUCGCGGCGGUGGGCGCGGCCGCGGCCCUGGUGCUCUACUCGCACCAGGACACAAUACUCUCGCUCAGAGCGACAGUGCGGCGGGCGGCAGCGGCCUUUGUCGCGUUGGCGCUUGCAGGUGCAGCAGUGAUGUGCCAGCUAGAGGGUUGGGAUGCCAUGCAUGGCCUCUACUGGGCGGUGGUGACGCUAUCGUCGGUCGGCUAUGGCCACCUCGUGCCGCGCUUUGAUGCGGGGCGCGUGGUGGCGAGCCUCAUCAUGCUGGGCGGCGUGGGCUGCCAGGCGACGCUGUUCACCGCCCUCGCACUGCUGCCGGCAGCACUGCGGCGGCGGCGCCUCGAGCGGCGGGCAAUGGAGCAUCUUGCGCGCGGCAAGGACAAGGGCGGGCUGGCGGACGAGGAGCUGCUUGAGCUGACCGCCGGUGAAACAAUGAAGGCGUGGCGGCUCUCCUCGAGCGACUCGUACGUGACGCGCGACGAGUUUUGCCUCGCGAUGCUGCUGCGGCUCGAGAAGAUCUCGGCAGAGGAUUUGCGGCUCGUGCAGGACACCUUCCUCAGGCUGGACGCCAACCGCAGCGGCAAGCUCGAGUCACGAGAGAGCGCGAGCAGGCGAGAAAGCCAACGCGAGCUGACUGCGAGUCUCGACUUUUGA